UUAUACUUCGUUGAUAUUCGUCGGCCAUUACACUUUAAGAACAUAAUAUUGCGUCAAGUACUCUUAUUCAUUGCGUUUGUGAUGACACUGGAUACGAUUAUAAUACGGUGUGAUAGUGUAGUACAACAACACACUCAGUCUCGGACGUUACGCGUAACAGUGACCGUCAAUAACAGUUUCCACCGCGGCCGUGUCGAACUCCCCUGAAGGACGUGGAAAACCGUUUUCGAUGCAUGUCCUGCUCAACGCAUCCUAAAGCAUCGGGGAAAUCAGAGACCCAGCUGCAGGAGUCAUGGAACAGCUGAAUCUAAUGGCGGAAUGCUCAGCUUUCGCAAUCAUGAUCUGUUUAUCCGCCAUCGUCGGGCUGUACUACGGGUGCGUGGAACGCAAACAGAACACUGUCAGCGAUUACUUGCUGGGUGGCAGGGACAUGACGCUAAUACCGAUUACCAUAUCGCUGAUCGCCAGUCACAUUUCCGGAAUAACACUGCUGGGAGUUCCACCUGAAACGUACAUUCAUGGAACACAAUACGCACUAACCGGUAUGGGUUUUGUCUUAACCGGUAUCAUCGUUGAAAAAUUUUAUCUUCCUGUAUUUUACGAACUCCAACUCACUUCGAUGUACGAGUAUUUGGAAUAUCGAUUCGAUGGGAACGUCCGAAGCUUGAUGUCAAUAAUUUAUGCCUUUUCACUCAUGCUGUACAUACCAGUAGUGAUUUACAUUCCAGCCUUAGCGUUCAGUCAAGUUACAGGUCUUAACGUCCACACUGUCACUAAAAUCAUAUGCUCCGUGUGUAUAUUUUACACCACCAUCGGUGGACUCAAAGCAGUAGUGUGGACGGACGCGAUACAGGGUUUUUUCACUGCUAUGUCACUAAUAGCUGUCAUCGUCAUGGGAUUGAAGAGCAUCGGAGGUUUGCGGAACAUGAUAAAGGCAAAUGAAGAAGGGGAUCGGAUUGAAUUUUUUCGGAUGGAUCCAGAUCCGUUUUUAAGAAAUUCGUUUUGGACUACUAGUAUUGGCUCGUUGAUAAAUUCGAUUGCAUAUCUAGGUUUAAAUCCCAGUACGGUUCAACGGUUUGUGGCGUUACCGACGUACAAAUUGGCUCGAAAUGCUCUGAUGUACUUAAUGUUGGGUGUAAGUACAAUUACAUCAAUGACUGUUUUGAUCGGAAUGCUGAUUUACGCCAAGUACAAAAACUGCGAUCCCAGUACUGCUAAUUACAUCGAAGAUAAUAAAAGUUUGUUACCGUAUUACGUAAUGGACAUUGCUGCUAGCUAUCCAGGAAUCACUGGUAUAUUUGUUGCUGGACUCGUCAGCGCCGCACUCAGUACGAUGUCAGCUCACCUUAACAACGUGUCCGGUACUAUAUAUGAGGAUUUGAUCGUGAAAAUGAUGGGCAAGCGGUAUUCUGAAUUAACUGCAAGUAUUAUUAUGAAGUUUACUGUAAUAGUGAUGGGUGUGAUGUGUGGAAUUUUGGUAUUAAUGGUCGAACAAUUGAAAGGAAUUCUCCAGAUGGCGGUUAGCCUUAAUUCCGUAACAUUGGGAGCAUUUCUAUCUGUUUUCACUUUGGGGAUUGGUUUUCCUUUUGUGAAUACUAGGGGAGCGAUAUACGCGAUAAUUGCUAGUUUAGGAGUAUCAAUUUGGAUUACUUUUGGUACUCAGAUUGCCAUAAUGAAUGACGAAUUGAAAUUUUCUGAAAAAAAUAUAUCAAUUACUGGAUGUCCUAUUGAUUUACAGUUUAAGGAUAAAAUUGACUAUUCGGGGUUAUAUCGAAUGAAUGAAGAUGUAUACGUGAGCCCAAACGUUCAGAAAGUAUUUACUCUUUCGUACAUGUAUUUCGGCACUAUAGGAACUGUUGUUGGAAUGGCAGUCGGUAUUAUUGUCAGCUUGGUGUUCCCUUCAAAGCAGAGUAUCGAUCCCAAACUUUUAACUCCUUGCAUCCGAAAGUAUAUGCAUUACGAACACAAGGGCAAGACAAAGUCUGAUGAAAUUAAAAUAAAAGAACUUAAAUCUGCAGAGUCUCAAGAUACUCCCUUAUAAUGUUUCCAAGCUUAUGAAUUGUAUAAUUUUUACAUUUAAAUUUUACAAUUUUUUUAAUUUAAAUCCUAAACUGUAAUAUUUAAAAACAAUA